AGUCAAGACGCACCAAAAGUGCCUAUGUUUGAACUUUGAGUGUUUAGCAGAUUAGAUUCCUACUAAAGAAGUGCUGCUCAAUGUCAACUCAUUAUUCAAUUUAUGAAAUUCAAUGGGAUCCAGAAGUAUUGCUCAAUGUCAACUCAUUAUUCAAUUCAUAUAAAUUUAAUGGAAUCCAGAAGUGCUGCUCAAUGUCAACUCAUUAUACGAUUUGUGAAAUCUAAUGGGAUCCAGGAUACCAUGUCUUCAUCCAUGGGAUCCCAAGUACUCGGAUCGAUCAAAAGUACAAUUCUAUCCAAACUGCUCAUUUUCAAAUGAUAUCCAUAUUGUACAAGAAUAUUCAUUUUUUAUUUAAAAAUUUUCAUAUAGUUUGAUCCAUAACAUUUCUCGCAUUGUACCCACAAAUGCCUGUAUUUUUGAGUUAUCUCGAGGUCUUUCUUCUUUUGCUAAUAUCAUUGCCCUUUGUGCAAGUUCGUCUACUGGAAUAUGUAAUUUGUGCCAAUGAAUUAUCAUAACUGAUAGUAUAAGUUUCUAGUUUCUACUUUCUUCUCUUGCUUGUCUAUAUUGAACUUCUUAUUGACUAAUGAAACUGGAGGAAUAUUCUAGCUUAAUCAAUUUCUCUGUUAUUUCGAAUAAUAAUCAUCGCAAUUUGACCAUUUUAUAAGAGUACACUGCAGCACUACUUGAACCAACAUGCCUUCUGAGCCGUCCCCUUUAGCACUAUGGAUGAUCAGAUUUUGUCUAAAAUCUUCAGGAGAUGGCCGUAUAGAUUCGCAUUUUAUGAUCCAUCAAUCGAUGGGAUGCUGACUACACUUUGUUGAUUCAACAUCAAGAAAUGGCUUCAGGAGGUCCCUAACUAAACUAUUUCAAGAAAAUGAGAUUUCAUGAAUCUGUUCUUUAUUUAGAAAAGCAAUGGGGCCUUAUGCUUUUAGACAGUUUCAAAAGUCUAAAUAGUUUGACAUUUAGUUGGAAGGCAUAUUCGUGUUCUAUACUCAUGUGCUAUUGUCUCUAAAUAGUUCAAGCCAAAACUCAACUACACAAGUGAUCUUUAACUGGUGCCUACUGAAAAUGCCCAUUCAAUGAACAUCACUAGGAUUCCACAACUUGUCAUAGGCCUAUAUAAACACAAAAAGAAAAGCCUCUACCACCACAACUCUCAUCAAAACUUAAAACUAUUUAAAGCUUCAUUAUUUGCUUAUCUACAUUGAGCUAAACAACCAUGGCUAUCCGUAUGCCUCGUAUAAUCAAGAAGUCUUCUACAGCUAAAGAUGUUCCUAAAGGCCACUGUGCUGUGUAUGUUGGGGAGGAGCAGAAGAAGAGAUUUGUGAUUCCUAUAUCAUUCUUGAGCCAACCUUUAUUUCAAGACUUGCUUAGUCAAGCUGAGGAAGAAUUUGGUUUCGAUCAUCCAAUGGGUGGUCUUACAAUGCCUUGCAGAGAGGAUGUCUUCAUUAACCUUACUUCUCAUUUGAGGAACUGAAAUGGAAACUUGCUUUCAUAAUUUUAUACUAAAGCAAGAUUCAGACACUGUAAAGUUUAGGAGUAUUUAGAGAAAACAGUAAUUAAUGUUAGAAUGAGGAUUUUGCCUCUGACUAGGUGGAAUAGUGAACUUAUAUUUACAAAGCCUGAUUGUUAAAUUAUGGGAUGAUAAUGAAGUAUUGAACCUUCUUCAUU